UAUCAACCUCCCUUGGAUUAACAGAGCUGACAGCAUUGUAGACCACGGAGCAAUUUGAUUGGCUGAUGAUGACCUCAGAAUUUUGGGGGAUGGGGUCACCUAAGUAUUGUCGCAUGGGUGAAGGAGGGUAGUGGUUGUAUAUGUAUUUUUAACUGCACUUGAAGAAUACCGUCACAAUGUUUGAAAAGCUUCAUAAAUUACUUAGCCUUCAGUAUAAAGCGUUCUUGUCCAUUGAGUCGAUAGCACUUAGUAGAAUUUAUCAGAGUAUUCACGUUGUACAUUUAGAUCAAGUAAACAGCAAUGAUGUAACCUAAGCCUAUGGCCUAUGUCUAUGUCAUGCCUAUGAAGGCCUACGGCUAUUAGACUAGUACCAGUCUACUACUAGAUUUACUAGAAUUAGAUACAGGUCUAAUCUAAAAUACCAGGUCUUAACGGCUUACUGUCUAUACAAAUGUACCGGUAUUUCAAAGAGAGCAGAUGGCAUGGAAACAAGAGCCACUGAUUCAUUGAUUGGACUUGGAUAAAUGUACAGCAUAUUCAAUUCCUACUAUCUCACGACUAUGGGAUAAAGCUUUAAUUCAGCUUAUGUUAUGUAGGCCUAAUCAUUUAAAUUUACCAACCAGUUUAUCAAAUACCAUUUCACAGUUUGAAGGCUAAUUUUGUAAGAUAGACUUUAGUUUUCAAAAUAAUUUUUAAAAAAAUCAAGAUGACCAUGGAUUAUCAUCACCCUUAUAAUGUGUAUCCUGAUUAUUACUGCCCACCUUAUCAAGGUGCUGGAUAUCCGCCUUAUCCACCUCAUCGAACACAUCAGGAUUUAACAGGACCUGACAGAAAUUAUAAUCAUAAUUUUAUGGGAACUAACACCCAUCAACAUAUGCAACCUAGGCAGCAUUCCUAUUACCAGCCUUUCCAACAACGAAAUCAACAGCAGAUACCAAACUAUUCAUCAACACCGUAUGUGCCUAACUUUUUGGUCAGCUCUGGUACUGGUCUGACACCAACUUUGACUCCCACCACUCUUGCCAACUUAGAGCAGACAUUUAUGGACCUUCAUUCAAGCCAACAGAAUGGUGGUAGGGAUACCAUCACACAGAGUGGAUUUGUGCCCCCAGUUGUUGAUCCUGGCCACAGCGCUGAUGCCUCUCAGGAUAGUCUUGACUAUUCUUCUGAGUAUUCCGAUGCUGACUGGGAGCCCCAAGCCAAACGUAACUGCCUUUCCAGAGAUUAUAAAAAUGUUGAUUUAAUUGUGACUUCCAAUGGAACGAUUAAUGCGGCACCACAGAGAAAGUACACACGACGAAACAAAGAUGAGAAAUUGCCUCCAGAAGAGGAAGAAAGAAGAAGAGUUCGCAGAGAGAGAAACAAAGUGGCUGCAGCCAAAUGUCGACAGAGGAGAGUGGAUCAUACCAAUGUCUUAGUAGAGGAAACAGAAAAACUUGAAGCAGAACAGAGCCAGCUGGAACAUGAGAUUCAGAAUUUGCAACAAGAAAAAGAACAACUGGAGUUGAUACUACAAGCUCAUCAGCCACUCUGUAAGGUAGAGUCUAGGAGCAGGUCAGAUGUUAAAGUCAAGAUAGAGCCUGACCUUGCCCACUUGUACGCUCAUGCUCACCACCUGAAGGCAGAGACUGGUGCCCACUCCUCCCAUGCUCCCCACGACCUGUCCUCCAUGCCAGAAAACCUGAGCAUGUCCCAGUCUUCCUCAUCCUCCACAUCCUAUGUGGUGCCCACGUCCUCGUCACUAGGAAGCAGCAGAGAAUCCUCUUCCCUCUCCUCACGGCCCAACUCCCUACCCCUGAUCAAGAGAGAGCGUGCCCGUAUGCUGUCCGUAACCUCAGCCACAGGAGUGACCAUCAACACUCCCACCUCAGGGGUGUCUAUCACACCUUCCUCCUUGUUUUGCCCUGGGCUCGAUAGCAUGGUGGAUGGAUCCACUGGCCUGACCCCACUGACUGGAAUGUCCUGCUCCAGCCAAGUGCAAAGAAACUCCAGCGAGAGUAGCUCCGAGGCAGUGGGCUCACCAACGUUAAUUUCAUUAUGACAAUAUGAUGGCAAGACAAAGAAAGACAAAAAGAAAAAUUCUCUGAAAGAAUCUUAGCUGUAUAGAUAGGUAGCGUUUGAAAUUAAGAUAUUUUGUUUAGUCAACAAAUACCUCCAUUCUGAUAUUGUAUUUAAAGAAGACAAGCAUAUCUCAUUGUAAAAGAUGGUUUGAAAGAAAUACAAAAUAGAAAGCAAUAUCUGCCACAGAAAGUACUUUUAGGCUUCAUGAAUUAAAAGUUAGUUCUAAAACAAAUUUGGAUCAUUUGGAAGUUCUAUUAAAAUGACUGCUUACAGUAUAUAAAGCAAAGUUUUGCUAAUAAUAGAAAAUGUACAUCAAAGAAAAUGCGCUAAUGGUCUUGUAUAGAUGUAAUUCUGUGGUGUGAUUUAGACAUAAGAUGUAUUGGAAAUAGGAAUCUCUACUUGUGGAGGUAUACAGGCUUUCAUUCUGGCUUGUAUGUAAUACAUCUACCUUCAUUAUCAUUGCAAGCAAACAUUUUUUUCUAAGCCUUUUGUCUGUGAAAUCUUUUGCCAGACUUGUGUGAACAUUUUUAAUGUAAUUUGGCGUCUGCUAAAGAAAUCAAUUUUGACCAAGUGCAAUAUAUAAAUGUCUAUACAUGUGUACAACUAUUUAGUCAUAAUAGAGAGAAUGGACAUGUGAAUAGGAGAGUAAAUGGCGCUUUUAUUGUGUCACAUUUAUUUUUUUGACUGAUGCAAGAUUUUUUAUUUUUUUUUUACCUUUUGUUUGUAGUGACCUCUACAGCCUGCUCUUGAAGACUGCAAUGCCAAUAUUUUUUGUGAAUAUAUCAGAAUUUUCGUUUACAUUAUUUUGGAAAGAUUAAUUUACAAGCUUGAUGCAAAAAAAUGUGUUGUUUUUGUUGAGUUCAAUAAAGUGUAUUGUCAUGAAAACUUGUUGUCACUCAAGUGUUAUUAUUGUAAAUGUUGACUCUUCUCUCCUAGAUAUGGCUAUUUUUAUAUCAGAUCAAUGCAUGAUGUUUAUUGACCUUGUAAUGCCAUCCAUAUGACUAAGACAUGCCAAAGUGGAACUCAAAUUUUUCUUUUAUAUUUAAAUUAAAAGAAAUGACUUAAAAAGGUGUUAAACAAAUGGAAAUGUAGAAAAAAUAAUGUUUUAUAAAAUGUAUUUUAAAAAAAAAAUGUUUAGGAUUAUAAGAAAUGGGAAGAUUUAAUUCUGAGACUGAAACAUUUAGUGCUAUUAUGUAAACACCAGAAGCCUUGAAUGCACAAAUGUACAUCUACGUUUCUUUUUUUUUUUCUUUAAUUGGCACUCUUUUUUUUUUCUCUGAAUCUUUCCUUAACAAUGGCCUUGACACUUUUAAUUUCAGUUUCUCUGCUGCUUCAUUCCCAUAACAGUGGAUAUAGUUUGUUCCAUGUCCUAACUCAGCAGUUUACAAUGCAAGCUAAUGUCUGCAUGUUUUUAGAGUUUACUUUUUUUGUUACAUAGACAACUGUGCUGGCUUUCUGUAACUGUUUUCAGAACAUACAGUUUUUUUUAUUUUUUUUUUUUAAGUUUUCUUGAUUUUUUGGGGUUUUUUUUUUUAGUUUUCACAGUUUUCAAUUCCGAGUUUCACUUUAGACUUCAGAUCUUUCCAAAGUGUUUGAACAUUUGAACAAUUGUUGAUUCUGUAUCUUGUUUUCUUUCUGCUCUUGUCGACUAGUGUUGGGAGCAUGUGUGUACACUUGGGUGUCCAGUGUUCCAGAGAAAGUUUAUUUUUACAUUGUUUUUAAACUAUACAUCUUAAAACAUGUAAACUUUAAUGUGAACCUUUUUAUUGGUCCUCUCUGUUGUCAUUUUACAAGGUAAACAUUUCAACUGAACAUUUUAGUUAUUUAUUUUUACUUGUGUUGCCACUUUAGGUUCAAAAACUGCUGGUGUGUUAUAUAUUGUAUAUCAUGUUCUGACUGCAUUUAAUUCAUCAUUAUCUUUCACUUUUUUAAUUUUUUUUUAUAGAAAGAAAAAUGUUUUUUUUUAAUAUCUAUGAAUAAAAUACAUAAGUAGAAAGUUUGCGAAUUAUGUUUUUUACAUAUAAUCAAUCGCUUGAAUGAUAUUUGUAUUUCUAUGAAAAGAAUGUCUAGACUUAAACAACGAUGAAUUUCAAGAUGAAUCACAAGAUGAAUCGUUAUGUGGAACUAAUGAAGUAGAUAAUGUUUGUUAGCUCUGGAAUACAGUAAUAAUGUGUGAAGGAAACACAGUCUAGUAGAGAUGUCUAGCUUAAAGCUUAUUUGUGUAAGCAUUAUGUCACAUAAGUCAUGAAUACAUCGAAUGUUUCUAACAUUUCUCUCAUUCUUUACAUCCUCCAUCCAUGUACUCAUCAUUUGAACAGAAACAUUGACUCUUUUAAUUUAUACCCUAGUGUGGGAUGAGCUUCACUGCAUGUAGGUCAGUGUAAUAGGAAGGACAAGAAAGUACAUAAGAAACUAUACAUUUUAUGAAGUAUCAAUAGCUGUGAUUAGAAAGUAAUGUUUUGUUUUUAGCAUGAUGCAUGUCAUCUGAAGUGUCGAUGGUCAUAGACUAAAAAGAAAUUUUGUAAAAGAAUACAAGAUGUGUCGACAGGGUGGAGGUAAUCACUAGUUUGAACAAGAACCAUGUUUUAGUCAAGGAAAGUAGUUGAUGACCUCAAAUAUCUUCAUAUUACUGUCUCCUGGACAUGUAAGACUUAAAGCAGGACCAUGAAGGACAUGUUUGUUAGUGAUAUUAUACAAAAACACAAUCUCUAGAGAUGUGAAAACAAUGUUUAUCAUUGGAGCUACUUAGGUGUCAGUGGAUGUCUCAUCUCACACAGGGCCUAUGCAAUAUCAUUCCAUAACUUGAUAUGUACCAGUUGCACUCCCACCCCCCCCCAAACCAACUACCACUUUUGACUCAGUGCCUAUACCAGCCUAAGUUCUUAUGACGCAAGUCAGCUGUUUAUAUACUGGAGACCCAGUUUUCAUCGGAUGAUGGUAUUUUAUAAUGUUCACAUAGCCAGACCUCCAUCACACACAGAGACACACCUAAAUAUUCCUUGUCAAACUGAAUGCUUUCGAUUUUGCUUUGGUGUCAAUUGUGUUCAAAAUUUCUGGUCAUGAAAUCUUGGGUUUAAUAAGCUAGUGUUGUGGCUUUUUCUUUUUUUUUUUUUUUUUUUUGUUUUUUUUUUGUUUUCUCUCACUUAAAAUUCAAAUUUAAUUUUUUUAAUGAAAUGAUAUGAAAAGUGUUGACAAAAUGAUGAUUUCAAAACAAAUCCAAGUCCAUCAAAGGCCAAAUACUAUGAGCUUCCUUUGCUGUUUUUUUGGCUUGUUACGUUGCUGUCACAUAAGAGUGGCCUCUAAACGUUUGAUCGUUACUGCAGUGCUUUAUUGUGACUUAGAGAGUUAUCUAGGCAAGAAUUGAAACUUCUGAGCAAACAUUUUCAAGUUGGGUGCAAACCAAUUAAUACUUUAAAAAAAAAAAAUUCUUAAUAUUUUAGUUAAUUCAUAGAAGUAAUCUGACUAUUCAUGUGUUGGUGCAAUCACUGAAUGUCUACAGAACAUUAUUAGCUACAAUAUAUGAAAUGUAUUAAUACGCUUAGUUUUGGUUAUUCUCUCUAAGGAAGAAUUGAAAGUUAUGCCUCAUUACUAAUGAGCAACGAUGUUACUGAUAGAAACAUAUGAAACUAUCAGAAGCACGACCUGCAUAUUGUAAUGAAUAGCAUAAUAGACACUCAUGUUCUAAUAUAGACCUCGAGUUCUACACUCAGUCUACUAGUUCUUGAUUGGAGGUAACUUUGCUGUGAUUAAGUCUCGGCCUGGUGCUAACUAUUACAACUUCCAACUAUUCUAAGACUUGUACUAGAAUUUUGUUGUUUUUAUUUUGUUUUAAUGAAGACUUUUUUUGUAUCAAUUUAUGCUUUGAUCAUAUUACUUUCUGGAUGUAGUCAUUUAUAAUAAAUAUUUUAUAUCAAAGAA